UCAGACUAACUACAGAACGUGAAUAUGGGCGCCAGAGACUUUGGACGCAGGCAGCUGAGGACACCUAUGAACAAUCAGUGGGGUCCUACGGCAGACUAAGAACCGCUCUGCCUUUCAGGCGGAAGUGUGGUCAGCUAUAUCGGAGGGCGGUGGGGGCCUGAGAGGUGUUUCUGCGCAGGCGCCCGGCUCCUAAGUCUACCCAGGAACUGACCCUGCUCACUCUUUUCGCUGUUAGACAUGGGCACUCCACAGAAGGAUGUUAUUAUCAAGUCAGAUGCACCAGACACUCUCUUAUUGGAGAAACAUGCAGAUUAUAUCGCAUCCUAUGGAUCAAAGAAAGACGAUUAUGAAUACUGUAUGUCCGAAUAUUUGAGAAUGAGUGGCAUCUAUUGGGGUUUGACAGUAAUGGAUCUCAUGGGACAACUUCAUCGCAUGAAUAGAGAAGAGAUUCUUGCAUUUAUUAAGUCUUGCCAACAUGAAUGUGGUGGAAUAAGUGCUAGUAUCGGACAUGAUCCUCAUCUUUUAUACACUCUUAGUGCUGUCCAGAUUCUUACUCUGUAUGACAGUAUUAAUGUUAUUGACGUAAAUAAAGUUGUGGAAUAUGUUAAAAGUCUGCAGAAAGAAGAUGGUUCUUUUGCUGGAGAUAUUUGGGGAGAAAUUGAUACAAGAUUCUCUUUUUGUGCGGUGGCAACCUUGGCUUUGUUGGGGAAGCUUGAUGCUAUUAAUGUGGAGAAAGCAAUCGAAUUUGUUUUAUCCUGUAUGAACUUUGAUGGUGGAUUUGGUUGCAGACCAGGUUCUGAAUCCCAUGCUGGCCAGAUCUAUUGUUGCACAGGAUUCCUGGCUAUUACAAGUCAGUUGCACCAAGUGAAUUCUGAUUUACUUGGUUGGUGGCUUUGUGAACGACAGUUACCCUCAGGUGGACUCAAUGGAAGGCCAGAGAAGUUACCAGAUGUGUGCUAUUCAUGGUGGGUGUUGGCAUCCCUAAAGAUAAUUGGAAGACUUCAUUGGAUUGAUAGAGAGAAACUGCGUAGUUUCAUCUUAGCGUGUCAAGAUGAAGAAACGGGGGGAUUUGCAGACAGGCCAGGAGAUAUGGUGGAUCCUUUUCAUACCUUAUUUGGAAUUGCUGGAUUGUCACUUUUGGGAGAAGAACAGAUUAAGCCUGUUAAUCCUGUUUUUUGCAUGCCUGAAGAAGUGCUUCAGAGAGUGAAUGUUCAGCCUGAGCUAGUGAGCUAGAGUCAUUGAAGCCAAAGUUGCAAAGUGUAGUUUUGCCAUUUUAACAUUUCUGUAUUUGAAGUGCUUAUUGAAUCUAAAAAUGACUACUGUUAAUAUUUUGUAUAUUGUGUUAUUAUGAUAAAUUAUAUAAUUAUACAUAUUGUAAAAUAAAGACCUGUAUUUUA